AUGAAAAGAGGAGUAAAAAUUCUGGAUUCCUUCCCCAUUGAUCUCUUUCUCGAGAUAUUCUCGAGAUUACCUUCAAAGUCCAUCGCUAGGUUUCGUUGUUUGUGGAAGCUAUGGGGUUCCAUGCUUCAUCGUCAAUAUUUCACCGAGUUGUUCUUGACGAGGUCAUGGGCUCGUCCACGUCUCUUAUUCAUCCUCGAAGGACAUCACGAGUGUAGCGUCUUCUCGUCGCCUCAGCUUCAGAAUCCAUACGGGAAGUCGUCGUCCUCUCUUGUAGUAUCUGCUGGUUUUCAUAUGAAGUCUGCAUACUUACGUGGCUUUACCUCUGGCUUGAUCUAUUGUUAUGAUUUAACGGAGCGUGGCUAUAAAGUACUUAACCCUAGCACAGGACGUUGUGCCAGCAUGCCUAAACUGACAAGUGGUUUGACAAGCUAUUUAGGGUUUGAUCCCAUUGAUAAGCAAUUCAAGCUAUUGUCCAUAUCUUAUUGUUCAUGGUCUGAUGAAAUUGAUGAUCAUAGUAUUCUGACGUUAGGAACUGGAGAAAUGACCUGGAGGAAGAUCCAGUGUCCUUUAACCUAUGAUCUUAACAGCCGAGAGAUAUGCAUCAAUGGGGUUUUGUAUUACUUAGCUCAUAAAACGUCUAAAGAAAUUGAAGAAAUUCCUUUGAUAGUUUGCUUUGAUGUUAGGACUGAGAAAUUCAAAUUCAUUGAGUUAGAAGACUGGUUUUUUUAUGAUGCUACAUUGAUAAACUAUUAG